ACUGCUUUAUGAGUAAUUGUUUUGCUGGAAUUAACGUUUUACGUUUCUAUCACCUGUGUCUGUUCCCAAUAAUAGUUACUUUUUCUCACGAGAAACAAUUUAAAUAUGUUACCGUAAACAACCUCUUCCUAGUUUCACCCUCGAUAGCGUUUUCUUGAGUAGCUGCCGAGUAGAGAAAAUUAUGAAGGAAAUAACUAUUCGAAAAGCAGUGUCGAGCGACUUUGCAGCCGUCCUAGAAAUGUCGGAAGGCAUUUACAACGGCCAUGACUACUUUCCUUGCUUUUUUCAUCAAUGGCUGACCAAGCCGAACCGUACUAUUUUUGUUGCUCAGUAUGGUGAAAAGCUUGUUGGACUGAGAGCUAUUCACAUCGUUGACGGAGGCGAGACUUUCAUAAGUCAAGGCUUGAGGAUUCAUCCCAGAUUCCGUGGAUUGGGCUUGAGUACCCGUUUAAUCGACGCCAUUCACAAGCAUAUACGACAAGAAUAUCCCAAAGUCUGCCGAGAACGCUUCACGACCAAAUCCGACAACAUCGAGCGUCUUUCUAUUCAGAAGAAGUACGGCGACACCGCCUUGUUUGAGCGAGACAUCUUGGCCUUCUACGUGAACAGAGAAACUUUGAAACCACAUCAUCUGGAAGCCGUGGCUGGUACUUUUGAUUUGAAAGUGAAAGCUUGUUCAAGACUUUUCCUUUACAAUUUUAUUUUGAACGAUUCAGUGGCAAACAUGUUUCCAGGCCGUACGAUCGUCGUUGACUGGGAGCCUUUCGAAGCUCUCCGAUCCAAUAUCAAUUGCCUUUUCGAAGAGGGUGACUGCGUCUUUUCGGACCGAGAUGCAAACGACUGCUCCACUGGCGUGCUACCGAAAUCGUUCGCUCAUGGUCGGCGAUCGCCCCGAGUAAAGCACAUGCAUUGGGUGGCAUCUAUUUACACAGAAGACCCAGUCAUGUUCCAAGUACACGUUGUUGAACAGCUGAGGAGAGCAUGCGAGCAAAUAGAAGGUGAUUUCAUUUUCUGCACCUUUCACAAAGAUCGUCAUACCAAUUGGGGCAAGAAGCUGCUGGAAGAGUCAGUCGGCUUGAAACCGGUGGAAUUUUUCCGUGAUUUUGGACUGAUGAUGUUUGAGCGAAAAUUUCCAAAAUGACAGAACCUCCACGGAACCUGUAGUUGAAGUUUUCUUCAUUUUCUUUGUUUAAGAAACUUCUUUUUCCCCAGCUUUACACGCGGAAAGAACUAUCUUAAUUUUUUUUUUAACUGAUACAUGAAUACCAA